UUCCACUCUUCCCCUUCUCACACGCACCCUCCCGCCCAUGCUCGUCACCACCUAUCUAUCUAUAUACACCAUGCAUGCCUCAACCCCAUCUCUCUCACCCACACACCCACACUGAGUAAAAUGUACUUGAUUUGACUCUCGCUAGCUAGCUACCAUCCUGUCAUUCCUUCAGAAUGGCGACGUCGAGCUCCGAUGGGUCAGGAAGAAAGGGAGAUGAGGUUCAUCAGCUAAGCAAGACAUAUUGGAGAGAGCAAAGAGAAAUUAGCCCCGACGGAAGAAGAACUAUACUUUGGAGUGAACCACAUGAUAACGCCACCUCCUGCAAAAGAGUGCCUGUUUUGUACUAUCUGUGCAGGAAUGGGCAGCUUCAACACCCCCAUUUCAUGGAGGUGCCUCUGUCCUCUCCUCAAGGCCUCUUUCUCACUGACGUGAUCAGCCGAUUGAAUGUUCUUCGUGGGAAAGCCAUGGCCUCCUUGUACUCCUGGUCUUGCAAACGGAGCUACAAGAAUGGAUUCGUGUGGCACGAUUUAUCGGAGAACGAUUUCAUCUACCCGGCGCACGGCCAUGAGUACGUUCUCAAAGGAUCGGAGCUUCCGGUGAAGGCGUUGCUGGACGCGGGUUCUUCUUCCCCGCCUCCGCCGCCGGCUGAGACCCAAGGAAGUGGCGCCGACGAUCUCGACAGCCUCCAGGCAGCGGACAGCCGACGCCGCAACCAUUCCUGCCUCGGCAAUAAGCAGCAGCAGCGGGACGAGUGCGAGAUAGAGAUCUCACCACCGCUUUCCGACUCCAGCCCAGAAACCCUGGAAACCUUAAUGAAAGCCGACGGGCGGCCGACGGUGAGCGCAGCAAAGGCAAACGAGAACCCACCGGCGACGAACACCCAUCAGGACCACCCCGACAUCCAGAGGUGCAGAUCAUCGGUUCUAAUGCAAUUGAUAUCCUGCGGUUCGAUGCCGUUCAAGGACUGCGGGGCGGGGCAGGUGCAGGUGCAGGGGCUGAUGGGGCAGUACAAGAUGAGAGUGGCACGUGGCGGGGGAAGCGCAGAGAGCGGGAGGGGGAAGGUGGAGUACUUGAGCGGGAGCUUAGUGGAGAAAAAGGAGGAGGAAUUUCCAUCCCUGAACAGGUCCACUUCUUACACUGCUGAUGGGAGGCCACAUUUGGAAGUUGGGGAGAAAGAAAUAGAGGGGGUGAGAACGAAAUGCAUACCAAGAAAACCCAAGUCUCAAUCCUCCUCAACUACAGCUAGGAAAGGAGGCGUCGUUGUCACGGACCUCUCUUAGAGCAAUAUUACUACGUAACAUAGAAUUGUACUUAAAAGUGGACAGCUACUAUGAGACUUUGGAGCUCAUUCAUGUCCUUUUCCAUCUUCUCAGACUAGAUUCUAGUUAUGUAUUUAGUGCGCUCUUCAAAUCUGCAUUUCCUCAAGUAUAAAUUUAAUUUUUUAAAGCGAU